AAAACCUCCAACUCCCUGAUCGGAAUUUAUUUCUGUCUAGUCGAGCUGAUUGUGAAAAAGUUCUGGAACAUUUGCUGUUUUCAGAAGAGCAAUGAGCUGCCAAUACAGUCUCUUAUUUUUAUUCCUCUGUGGCUUUGCUGCACACACUGUCUCAACAAAGACAUGUGGAAGAGAGCUACUAGAGGGAACGUCCUGCACCAUCAAGCUGCCAACAAAAAACACUGACACAUCUGGAGAGAUCAUAUGGACCCAUCUCUCUAGUGGUGCCUUCAUUCUCAGGAGCACUGGGAAGAUCAGGACAAACACUCCAGAUCUAACAGUAGACGAAGAUGGAUCAUUAACAUUUAAAAGUGCUAGUCUGAACAACACCGGCAAAUAUAGAUACACUGUUUUUAAUGCUGAAGGUUCACAGAUUGAUGCUGGAGAAAAGGAAAUGAACGUUUAUGCAAAGGCUCCUAAACCUACUGUGAUGUUUGGCUAUGAUGAUGGUUACGUUAAUCUCACCUGUGACACUGGAGACCGUACAGAUCUGACUGUAUCCUGGUAUAAAGAAGGCAAAAUCAUCCAGAAUGAAAAAAACCCAAAACUGCUCUUGACAUCUGCUCAAGUACAGGAGAAUGAACCGUACUCAUGCAGCGUAAGCAAUCCUGUCAGCAAUGAGGAAAGUAACAGUGUUACAGUAUCACUCAUAAAGACAUGUGGAAAAGAGCUGUUAGAGGGAACGUCCUGCACCAUCCAGCUGCCAAGAAGAAACAAUGAAAAACCUAAUGAGAUAAGAUGGAUCAAUCUCUCUAGUGGUGACUUCAUUCACAGGAGCAAUGGGACGAUCAAGACGAGCACUACAGGUCUAACAGUGGAAGAAGAUGGAUCACUAACAUUUGAAAGUGUUAGUCUGAAGAACACCGGCAAAUAUAGAUACACUGUUUUUAAUGCUGAAGGUUCACAGAUUGAUGCUGGAGAAAAGGAAAUUAAAGUUUAUGCAAAGGCUCCUAAACCUAAUCUGACGUUUCAAGUAAUGUCGAUGCUCUCCUGUGACAUUGGAAAGCGUACAGAUCUGACUGUAUCCUGGUAUGUAGAUGGCAAAAUCAUCCAGAAUGAAAAAAACCCAAUUCUGCUCUUGAUAUCUGCUCAAGUACAGCAGAAUAAACCGUACUCAUGCACUGCAAGCAAUCCCGUCAGCAGUAAGGAAAGUGACAGCAUGACAAUAUCACAAAAGACAGAGCUCGUAGAGUUCUGAGGAAUCUUCAAGCUCCAGAAUCCACCAAAACUGAUCCAAACGCAGUGAAAACAGCUCAUUACAGAUGAUGACCUGUGUGUUCAUACUUCCCUAAACACACAAAAAUCACCUUAAGAAUUUGAAUUUUGGAAUUCAAUAAAACCAUAAUAAGACGCAUUCACAAUUUACAUUUGACAGAUGACUCAAUGUUACUGUUUAUUGGUUCAUCCCUUUACCUUGGUAUCUAAAUUAAACAGAAAUAAAUUACACAGUUGUGGUCAGAAUUAUUGGCACCCUUGGUAAAUACGAUCAAAGACUGUGAAAAAAAAAAUCUGAAUUUAUCCUUUUGCGUUUGCAAAUCACUUUAGGAUUUUUUUAUUUUCUAAAACACUUUAACCCACAAUUAUUGGUACCCCUAGAAAUUAUUGUGAGUAAAAUAUCUCUAAAGUAUCAUAUUCCCUUUCAUAUUAACAAUUUUAGCACUCCAGGGUGACUCUUCCUGUUCUAUAGCAUUAUACAUAUGAGAAAAAACAAAUGUCAAAUUCCGUUAAUCAUCAGAAAAGUCUCAAUAAAUAAAUAAAUAAAUAAAACAUCUAUCACCACACGUUGUCUUUCAUGAAAAAUAAAUAAAUAAAUAAGAAAAGAAAAUGCUCUCUUCUGAAGGAUCUGAGGAUCCUCAAAUGCAAACUGUGUGUGUUUUGCUUCAAGAGAAAAACAAUACGUUUCUUUUGUUGUUUUACUUUCUUUCAUUUGUUCAUUUAAUCAUUUAUCAUUGAAUCAUUUUAUUAUUACAUUUAAUAUUUUACAAUAAUCAUUUUAGCCAUUUAUAUACUCAUUUCAUUGAUUCAUUACUUGAUUGGUCAUUUAUAUUAUAUUAUUGAUUUUUUUUAUUUUUCCAUUGUUGUUUAGUCUUAUGACUGUGUUGUUUCAAGUUCUGUUUGUUUUCAUUAAUAAGAAAUAAGAGGGAAUGUUUAUGGAGAUUUAAGGUUUAUGGGAUGUCGUUACUUGUUGGAUUUGUGCUGGUCAGACGAAGUCUGAGCAUUGAAACAUACGCAACUAAGAUUAUUCAAUAAACUCUGCUAC